AGGGAGUUGUUGGUGUGACUCUUCUGGCGGGUGAUAAGGAAAGCAUUAAAUGGCUGGUAUUAUAUAAGACAAUUUCACCUUUUUUAUGGGGAUUUAUAAUAUGUUUAAUAAAUGAACAAUUAUGUGAAGAAGUGGGGACAACAAUCACUUUAAUUAUCAAAUGCCUGAUUGAUCACAGAAGCGCUCCAACAAUGAAACCUGCCCUUGACACAUUUAAGCAGCUUGUGACUAACGAUCGACUACAGUUCACCGCCUGCAAUCUGUUCAACUUGAGAUAUUCAAUGCUCCUUGGCACCGUGCUCAAUGUGAUUACUUACAGCGUUAUAAUGAUUCAAAUGUUUUUAAAUUAA